UCCCAGUCGGAGCUGCUGCUCGGUGAGCCCGGACAGGAUCCGUCGGUCCAGUCGCCGCCUGCACGUCCAGCUGCGGAUCCUCCAUCCAGCGGUGCGACGCAUCUGCAUCCCAGAAGGUCAUCGUUUUCCCAGCCAGCGGACCUGCCAACUUUGUUCCCCCUCAUUCCUCUCCACCUGAUCUCUCCACCGGGGGAUCUUUCCUGCGUUCAGCCGUCAUCGACGCCGAUUUCCUCCUGCGCUGGCGAGAGGAUGUUCGGCUGACCUCGGAGCUCCCUGAUUGGCUCGCCGAGCUUCGCUGGUCGCAGCUGCCGUCAUGGCCAAAAGCCCGGAGGUGAAGCUGGCCGUCUUUGGCAGAGCGGGGGUGGGCAAGUCAGCUUUGGUGGUGAGAUUUCUGACCAGACGCUUCAUCUGGGAGUAUGACCCAACACUUGAAUCAACGUAUCGUCACCAGGCAAAUAUUGACGACGAGGUUGUCACCAUGGAGAUUCUGGACACCGCGGGGCAGGAGGACAUCCAGCAGAAGGAGGGCCACAUGCGUUGGGGCGACGGCUUCGUCAUCGUGUACGACAUCACAGACCGGGGAAGCUUUGAGGAGGUGGCACCGCUCCGAAGUCUCCUGGAGGAGGUGAAGAAGCCGAAGAACGUCCCCCUGGUCCUGGUGGGCAACAAGUCCGACCUGGACCACGUCCGGCAGGUCGGCACGGAGGAAGGAGAGCGACUGGCAGCUGAGAUGGCUUGUGCCUUCUACGAGUGUUCGGCCUGCGCCGACGAGGGCGGCGCCGUAGCCGAGGCUUUCCACGAGCUCUGCCGAGAGGUGAGGCGCCGCAAAGCGGUGCAGGGAAAAGCCCGACGUCGCAGCUCCACCACCCACGUCAAACAGGCCAUCAACAAGAUGCUGACCAAGAUCAGCAGCUAGGGAUGAGCAGUGGAGGAAAAAAAAUGUAAAUUUCUCUCAUGGAAAUGUUUUGGACAGUUAUUCCCUCCAAAAUGGACGACUGAUUUACUGUAGAAUGUGUUUUUUUUUCUUGUUAUUUUCUCAUUAUUUUUAAUUGAAAAGUCCCAAGUGCAAUGUCUCUUCCCUCUGGAAGGGGUAAAUGAUGCUGCCACUCCGGCGUGGGAGCCGUAGCAGAUGAUUUCUUAUUUAAAACCGACUUCAUUUGGACCUAAAUAAUUCUGGACACUGAGGAGAUAAAGAUGAAUCAGUAACACGGAAAGAUUCCCGACUUUCUUUUAUUACUUCAUCCAGCUCUCUUUAAACUAUUUAAAAAAGCCCGAGAGCAGUCUGAAAAUGAUGCAUGCAAUCUGUCCCAUCCAGCAUGCAGGGAAUCCAAAAAUGUAUUAGUACCGGCGAGGAAGAUUUAUGGUUGCUUCUCUGUAUCUUGUCUGUAGAGGGAUAUUGUGAUGUGCUUCUGCCCACAUGUGUAAGCGUUCUGCCAACAGCGGUCGAAGAACAUUACGAUCUGAGGGCUGCUGUUAGAUAAACGUAGAUCCACUGUGCUUCUUGUCGAUCUUAGACAAACCCCAGAUGUCUGUUCCAGCCUUGUGAUGAAGUCUACCACGUUCUGUUGACAUUAGCUGUUGCUGCGAUGGACUGUCAGACUCCCUGUGUUUGUCCAGGACAUGUGAACUCAAGAUCUUUUCCUCAAGAGAACCAAAGCACAGGUGCAGAACACGGCGAGCCUCGAGACUGAACAUUUCUGCCGCUUUCUCCAAAACAUACGAAGGGAAGCACGUUCUAGAGAUAUUCUUCACGGGCUGUAAUGUUAAUACUGUAAACUACGGCAUAUAAGCAAUGCUGUGUCUUGGGUGUGUACAGAACCCGAAAGGCGUCUACAGUCGGAGAUGCUGUAACUGUUCAAACGUGAUUAUCUGUGUGAUCGAAACAAUCAGCUGUGCACUUGUAAUUAAAAACCGAUGUAUCCCACCA